ACGAGAUGUACGGAUAAUGUUAGAUUGCAAUUGCAUCAUCCUUCGGGCAUGACAGCCGCGGCUGCUUACAAAUAUCUGUCAGUUUGGAAGCGCGAGAGAAUAUCGCACAUCCAAGUGCACGGUGCCAAUCAUAAUCUAUAGAGUGCAUUGUGUCAUACUGAACGUAAACAACAGUCACCAUGCGAACGAUUUGCGGGAAUAUGCUGAAAAUGGGUUUCAUUGGUGGUGGUAAAACCGCCCAAUCGAUGGUGAAAGGGUUCAUAUCAGCAGGAUUGGUAGAUGCCAAAAACGUUACCGCUAGUUUCAGCCCCAAUGACAAUGUCAACCUGGAAGCAUUCAAAGAGCUCGGAGCUGAGACAUUCUUGGACAGUAUGCCUGUGGUCAAGAAAUCGGAAGUAAUUUUCAUCAGUGUCAAACCGUGGGUCGUUCCGACGGUGCUGAAGCAGGUGAACAUGGCCAGUAAAGAUAAACUAUUUAUUUCAAUUGCAAUGGGAAUUAGGUUGGCAGAACUGGAGGAAAUGCUACUCCCGACUGCUCGCGUGAUUCGCGUGAUGCCGAACACUUGUACGAUGGUUCGAUGUGGUGCAUCGGUGUUUGUCCGCGGGAAAACGGCAACCGAAGACGACUGCUCGCUAGCGCAGGUUCUGUUCGAAUCUGUCGGAACCUGUGACGAGGUCACGGAGGCACUGAUUGAUCCUAUUACUGCUCUUUCGGGCAGCGGUCCGGGUUAUGUUUUCACCAUGAUCGAAGCCAUGGCCGACGGAGCCGUCAAGAUGGGACUGUCGCGGGACCUGGCGUAUAAACUGGCCUCGCAAACGGUGAUGGGUGCAGGGAAAAUGGUACGCGAAACCGGUGCCCAUCCCGGACAGCUGAAGGAUGAUGUCGCCAGUCCGGCUGGUUCUACGAUCGAGGGAUUGUCCUACUUGGAGAAGCACGCUUUCCGUAGUAUUGUUAGUGGUGCGAUAGAAGCUGCGACUUUGCGAUGUCGUGAAGUGUCGAAAAAAUAGAUUAAUUGGAAAGCCCUUGCUCGACUCCAGAAUUACCCUAUGGCAAUAAAUAGCAAUGUAAAACUUUCGAUUAAAGUUAUUUUAAACCCAUAA